AUGCUCACACCAAUCAACUAUCUCAUGUUCCGUAGUGAUGAGACAGGCAAUCCGCCCGAUGUUUCAUCAUACUUCUUCUCGUACUGCUUCGGAGCUCUGUUAUCCUCCACCUUAAUAUUCAUGGUGUACUCAGGAGUAAGGUUGAAUCGUCCUUUUGUGAAUCCUGAGAUAACUCUACCAUCGCUGGUAUCUGGUAUUAUCUACGGAAUCGCCGUCUACUGCUUCUUUCUUGCUAAUCAACACCUUGACCAGGCGCAAGUGAUUCCAUCGAUUCCGUGA